AUGAAGACCCUUCACAAAAAGGCAGCUGCAGAUCAGCAAACCAGGGAAACUGAUGAUCACCACAUUGGAUCUGCAAAUAUGAGGAAGAAAAAGACCUGUCAAAAGAAGCAGAGGGGCAGACCUUCAUCCCAGCUCCGAAGGAACAUAGUGGGCUGCAGAAUUUCACAUGGAUGGAAAGAAGGCAAUGAGCCCAUCACGCAGUGGAAAGGAACCGUUCUGGAUCAGGUGCCUAUCAAUCCCUCUCUUUACCUGGUCAAAUAUGAUGGAAUUGACUGUGUCUAUGGACUGGAACUUCACAGAGAUGAAAGGAUUUUAAAGCUUAAAAUCCUUCCUGAUAAGGUGCCAUGUUCUCGAGUCACAGAUGUGUGCCUUGCAAAUACCAUAAUUGGGAAAGCUGUGGAACAUAUGUUUGAGGGUGAGCAUGGUUCCAAAGAUGAAUGGAGGGGAAUGGUCUUAGCUCAAGCACCUAUCAUGAAAGCCUGGUUUUAUAUUACCUAUGAGAAGGAUCCUGUCUUAUACAUGUACCAGCUUCUAGAUGAUUACAGAGAAGGAGACCUCCGUAUCAUGUCAGAGUCCAGUGAGUCUCCUCCAACAGAGAGGGAGCCAGAAGGAGUUAUAGAUGGCCUCAUAGGUAAACAUGUGGAAUAUACCAAAGAAGAUGGCUCCAAAAGGACAGGCAAGGUCAUUCACCAAGUGGAAGCCAAACCCUCUGUGUAUUUCAUC